ACUUCUGAUCUCGAACUGCGUCAGAAAACACUCGAGAUUACAAUUGAUUUGGUAACUGUUCGUACUGCCGACGAACUGGUUGGUCUCUAUCGAAAAGAAAUUAUUAAAGCUUGCAGUUCCCUAAGCGUCAAUUGUAGCACUUCUACGAGCUCCUCCACAGCUGGUGAUGUUAAAUCCGAUAAUUCUCAGAAUACAUCUGGAAGUCCUUCCUCUACCAUCCAUUCGACAGAUGAGACUUCUUAUUUAUAUUACUUGCUCUUCACUUAUAAUGAUAUGGGUGAUCCACGUGCAGCCACCGAAUCAUGUCGCUUUCUCAGAGAGGUAAUUCAGCGUUAUCCACAGCAUAAGACGUUAAUUUUGGAACGGCUUAUUCUGAUUUUGCCCUCUGUAACUAAUCGGGUCGCAUUACGACAAAUAAUUUGGAUUUUUGGCGAGUUUUGUACUACACUGGAAGAGAUAAAUACUUUCAUGGUUAACCUGCGGCAGAUAUUGGGCACCCUUCCUUUAGUCGAUGAAGAAAUUAAAAGACGAACGAUUGCUGACGAAUUAGCUUCCUCUGGAUCUGGAUCAUUCCCAAAUGGAUUGCCUACAGAGUCUGCUCUUUUUUCUUCGGAUGGUGGAUCAAGCUACACAGAUAAAUCUGACGCAAGAAAAGCUAUGAACGGUAGUUGCUUGACCCUAGGUUGCCGGGGCAUCUGA